AUGCACGGUGGCACCAGGAUGAGGGCUGGCUGGUUUAAAGGAGCACUGCUGAUCUUUGUUGUAUCCUCGGCCUUAUUAUACCUUGGCUCCAUAAAGAGAGAGGUCCACAGCCAUGCAGAGAGGCUGCAGAGAGCCCACCACAACGACUCCAUCAGGGGCCAGGGAAUGCUCAGGAGGAUGGAGAAGAUGGAAACGGACAUCAACCGACUGCUUGAUCUGAUGAAGAGAUAUGAAAAGAGGGAACAUGAGGCCAAAAUGAGGGUGGAAGCGAAAAAGGAGAGGAAGGUGGUGAGGAAGCUGUACCCCAAUUCUUAUCUGUUCAGCAAGUGGGGCGACGGUCUGUCAGAAGAAGAACAGAAAGAGGCUGAGAGCUUAUUUCAGAGGUACGGCUACAACGCCUUCCUCAGUGACCGGCUGCCUCUCAACAGAGACAUUCCUGAUACCAGGCCUGCCAGAUGUGCUGAGAAGAAGUACCCAGAGGAUCUCCCUUCCCUCAGCGUUGUGUUAAUCUACCUGGAUGAAGCUCUUUCUGUCAUCAAGAGGGCCAUGCGCAGCAUCAUCGACAAGACGCCUGCUCGGCUGCUGCGUGAAAUCAUCCUGGUGGACGACCACAGCACCAACGAGGACUUAAUGGAGAAGCUGGAUGAAUACAUUGACUCCAUCCACGAAGAGCGUCCAGGCUUGGUGAAGAGGGUGCGGCACUCGGAGCAGCGUGGCCUUACCCAGGCCAGACUGUCAGGAUGGAAAACAGCUGCAGGAGAUGUGGUCGCCAUCUUGGAUGCACACAUAGAGGUCCAUAUGCAAUGGGCAGAGCCACUGUUGGCUCGUAUUAAGGAGGACCGCACGUUGAUACUGACACCUGUUUUUGACCGAGUCAGCUACGAUGACUUGACACUAACUCCCUACCCUCCUAAUGCUCAUGGCUUUGAUUGGGCUUUGUGGGGCACGUACGACUCCUUCAGACCCGAGUGGUACGCCUUAGAGGACGAUUCACAGACCGGCAAGAGCCCCUCCGUCAUGGGGAUACUUGUUGCUGAGCGCAAGUUUUUUUGGGAGAUUGGAGGCCUUGACGGUGGAAUGAAGAUAUAUGGUGGUGAAAAUGUGGAGCUUGGCAUCCGGGUGUGGCUGUGUGGAGGAAGCAUAGAAGUGGUACCUUGCUCGAAAAUUGCCCACAUUGAACGAGCUAGAAAGCCGUAUGUCCCUGACCUGAAUGCCAUGGUGAGACGCAACGCGCUGAGGGUGGCAGAGGUUUGGCUGGAUGAAUAUAAAUACAAUGUCAACAUCGCCUGGAACCUUCCCAUGGAAAAUCAUGGGAUAGACAUUGGAGAUGUGUCGGAGAGAAAGAAGCUGAGGGAGAGGCUGAAGUGUAAGCCCUUUCAGUGGUAUCUGGAUAAUGUUUACCCCUCGCUGGAGCCGCUGCAUAACCUGCUUGCCUAUGGAGCUCUGAUAAAUGAUCUGAAGCCAGAUCUCUGCAUCGACCAAGGCCCGGUGCCUGGGUACACUCCCAUCCUAUAUGGAUGCCACUUCUUCUCCUCUCAGCACUGUCAUUAUCGCACCGAUGGCCAGCUGUACAUCGGCGAAAUCAAAUCUCACAAACACAAAAGCAACAUCUGUCUGGUGGACCCCGGCUCCGGAGUCUUCGCGGGACUGUACGACUGCAAAUUGGCCCAGCAGAAGAAAUUACACAUGCUGUGGGAUUUUAAACAGGGAGGACCGAUUCAGAACAGAGAAACGAAGAGGUGUCUGGAGGUUGCCUUGGAUGAGGAUGGUUACAUCAAACUUGUUGUCCAGCACUGCAGUGAUCAACGCUGGAAGAUACAACAUCUCAUCGCAAAAACGGCACAAAAACUGCACCUGGUGUAA